AUGCACGUCUCGCUCGACGUAGUGCACGCUCAAGCACAUCCCCGACGCCGCGCGUACCGCACCGAGGCCGAGAGGAAGCGCGCCGAGGCGGAGCGGCGCGAGCUGGUGUUGAGGCGAGGGACGAGCCUGCUGGCUCAGCUGCUGUGUCCGCUUGCGCCGCUGUUCAGCUUGCCAGGUCUGACGGAGCACUGGUACGUCGUGCGCGGCGCCGACAGCCAGAUCGUCCGGUCUCGGCCAGAUCCUCCCCUCAUCAUUGCCGCCGGGGCCGUCACGUUCGCCCUCGCCGUCCUCGCCAACCUCGCCAUCGUCCUGCGCCUCGUCGAGACGCAUCCGCGCUUCUUCUCGGUCACUACUAUCGUCUUCCUGUCGGUCCACAUUGCCGUCAACGCGGUCGCGCUCACGAUCUUUGGCAUCGAGCACGCCAAGCCCGACGGCUACGUCCUCUCGACGGCGUUCUGGCUCACGGCGGCGAGUGGCUGCGUCGCACUAGCCGCCGUCGGCUGUCUGUUCGUCGACGGGCUCGCGACGCAGUGGUACGUCCGCGGCGGGACGGGCAUUUCGGGCAAGCAGCGCUCCCUCGUCGUCGCCUUCGACGCCUUCAUCUUCCUCAUCCUCAUCGGCUCGGUCACCUAUCGGUACCUCAUCCCCGACGUCACCUUCCUCGACACGGUCUACCUCUGCGUCCAGAGCCUUUUAACGGUCGGCUUCGGAGGAAAGUCGUCGGCCCCGCACGAUGUCGUGCCGAGCACAACGGGCGCUCAAGUGUUCUCGCUCUUCUUCAACACGAUCGGCAUCCUCACGUUCGCCCUCUUGGUCGCCUUUACGCGCGAGACGGCGCUCGAGGCGAUGCAAACCGAGUAUCGGGCGCAAGAACAGCUUCUCCUGAACCGCCUGCGCCAUCGGUGGCACGGCGAGCGCACACACCGUGCCGGGUUCAUCGCGCACGCCGUCGCCUUCCUUUCCUUCGGCCUGUACCACACGCGCGAGCAGCAAGAGGAGGAACAGGAGGCGGGCGCAGAUGAGCGCGAUCGAGGGAGCCUGGGACAGGAGGACGGCGAGGUCAUCGAGGACGAGAAGGAGGGGCUCGACGAGCAGCGGUACGAGGAGGCCAUCACGGAGCUCAAGAAGGAGCGGGACCGCGAGUUCCGCUCGCAGCUCGUCGUCUCGUUCACGCUCUUCCUCGUCUUCUGGCUCGUCGGCGCCGCCGCUUUCUCGGCUCUCGAAGGCUGGUCUUACUGGAUCGCCUUCUACUUCGUCUUCGUCAUGUCGUCGAGCAUCGGGUACGGCGAUUAUUCGCCGUCGACGCAGGGCGGGCGAGCCUUCUUCGUCGUCUGGGCAAUUCUCGGCGCGGGCACCCUCACCGUUCUCUUUUCCGUCCUCGCCGACGCCUACACCUCCCGCUUCAAGGAGACGUUCCAGCGCUCGUGGGUCAACCGCCUGUGGAUUCGCCUUACGCAGCCGUCGCACGAGGUCGCCGACGAGCUCGCUCGCGAGGAGAGCCAGGCCUUUCCAAAAGCGCCAGCCACUCGUCCGUCGACGCCGACGUCUUCUGAGCGAGCAGCCAAGGGCCCGGGCAAGGAGUACCCCGAGCUGGCGCCGGCGCCGAGCUCGAGCACGGCGACCAAAGGCGGCGGCGUCGGCGCCGGCGGCGGCUCUUCGGAGCUCUCGUCGCAGGACAAGAUGCUCGAGUUGUUGCGCCUCACGCGGCAGCACCUCGAUCGGCUCAUCCUCGCCGACGGCGACGAGAAGGACGAGCACCUCGACCGCGUCGUGCGCAAGGUCAUGGACAACGAGGGCUUCUCGAGGAGAAACAGGGAGCAUGUCGAGAACGACAACAGCUUCAAGGAGUUCAUCUACCUGCGCAGCUUGCGCACCAAGCUGGCCGAGCUCGAGGAGCUCGCGCACGACGCGUUCGAGCCGGCGGACGAGGCGAGCGAGCGCAGAGAGGGAGAGUCGGACUUGAGAAGGUCGAGGGGGAAGGACAGCGAGAGCUUGUGAUACCGAGUCGCGAGUCGAUGCCAUACUAUGCAUUCUACCAAAACCCUCGAGAGCUAUCUACAUCGCCCGCCCUGCGAGAGCGAAAAAGUCUCGUCGCCCGCCCAAGACGAACGACCUCGAAACCCUCCUUCUGUGGGCUCCUCACCGCUUCUAGCGUCGCCCUCACACCUCGAUAAUCCCGACCAUCUCGACCGCCUCGCCCGUGCCGCCGCCUCGCAGGCGCGAGUAAAAGCCGCGCUGCCGCCGUCGCUCGUCGAGGCCCAAGCGGCGGUACAUGCGCAGCGCGACGGCGUUGGUCGCCUCGACGUGGAGCGACAGCUUGACGGUGCGCCGUGCGGCGUCAUCGUGACAAGGUGUGGGAGGCAAGAGGGCGCGACAUGCGCUGCGGACGAGGUGCGCUGCGAGGCCGCGGCCGCGCGCUGCGGGGUCGACGACGAGGCUG